GUAAGAGUUCCAGGUCCGGCAGCAGAGCACACGCUUCCAGAACUCUCUCAUAUAAGGACUUAUUCAUUGGCUGACCAAAGAGAAUGUUCUCCUGGAAUAACGCAUUCUGUAUCCACGCCUGCUGCGACAAUGACGCAAGGCACCAUACUCUGAUAUGUGUUCAGCCGAAUAACAAAGUACAACCAGACAUGGAGAACAACUAUGACCAGGAGAAGCCGGGGAGAUCCGUGGACAAUGAGAUGAGAGCAGAACCUGACCCCGGAAGCAAUGACACAGGCUGCUUUGGAUACUUGCUGAUCUUCUUAUCCUUUUUAAUGGUUUUUGUUACUUUUCCCAUUUCAAUAUGGUCUUGCAUGAAGAUUGUUCAGGAAUACGAGAGAGCAGUCAUCUUCCGCCUAGGGAGGGUUAGAUCUGGAGCCAAAGGACCAGGGAUUUUCUGGAUUCUGCCUUGCACAGACGAUUUCUGCCGACUGGAUCUAAGGACUGUGUCAUUUGCCGUCCCUCCCCAAGAAGUUCUCACCAAAGAUUCUGUUACCAUCAUGGUUGAUGCUGUGGUCUUCUACCGUAUUUUCAAUCCAAUUGUUACAGUAGUUAAAGUGGACAACGCCAACCAAGCUACUCAGAUGUUGGCACAAACCACAUUACGGAAUAUGCUGGGCACCAAAAGCCUGACCGAGAUUCUAACAGACCGCGAAGAAAUGGCUGAACUUAUGAGUAGAAUUCUCUACGAUGCUACCAAAGAAUGGGGAAUUAAAGUGGAACGCGUGGAAAUAAAAGACGUCAAGUUGCCGUCAUCCUUACAGAGAGCGAUGGCCGCUGAAGCAGAAGCCGCCCGUGAAGCCAGAGCGAAGGUGGUUGCGGCAGAGGGGGAGAUGAACGCCUCUCGGGCCCUGAAAGAAGCCGCUGUGAUCAUGUCCGAAUCUCCUGCCGCCCUCCAGCUCCGCUACCUCCAGACUCUGUCUCAUAUCGCUGCAGAGAAGAAUUCCACCAUUAUAUUCCCCAUCCCCAUGGAGUUCUCUUCACUAUUAUCCCACAGAUAGGCAGGAUCAGUAACAAGUUCCAGCAGGGUCGUACCCCUAGUAUGCCGAGAACUUGUCUUUUCUUCUUCUUGUAAUUCCAAAGUCAUGUUAUGGCAUGCGCAGAAUAAAUGUUGUGUGUGAUACAGACCCUACCAUUGUAUUGUCUGCUCUCUGGAAUCUGCAGCUAUAGCUGUGCUGCCUCGU